AUGGGCAGCAAGUUCUCCUGCCACGUGGAGCACGAGGCACUGGCACAGCCACUGCAGGAGGAGUUCUCCCUCUCUGUGACUUCUGGUCUCUGGGGCCGGUUCUUUAAAUGGCGGGACUACUUUGGCAAGGGCGUGGCUGACGGUCCCCGGUGGCUCGGCGUCUACUCGGAGCUCGUCCCGAGAGCCGCCGGGGACCUAGGCUGGCGGCUCCUUCAUGGGGCCAUCGCGACGCGAGUGUACCUGGCGCGGGCCGCCGGGCUCUCCGACGAGUGCUCCUUCUGCCACCAAAGGGAAACCCUGGCGCACCUGGUCCUCGAGUGCACGCCCCCCCCCCGCGUGAUCAAGACCCACUUGCCCAUCCAGCUGGUGCCCAAGUCCUUCUGGGACAACGACUGCAAGGUGAUCUACGUGGCCCGUAACCCCAAGGACACCGUCGUCUCGUACUACUUCUUCGACCAGAAGAACAAGACGCAGCCCGAGCCGGGGCCCUGGCCCACCUACCUCCAGCGGUUCAUGCGCGGAGAACUGGCCUGGGGGUCGUGGUACGACCACGUCUGCGGGUACUGGGCGGCGCGGGAGAAGCACCGGAUCCUCUACGUCUUCUACGAGGACAUGAAGGAGGACCCCGGGCGUGAGGUGCAGCAGGUGGCGUCGUUCCUGGGGGCAGCGCUGUCGCCCGAGGCCCUGGCCCGCGUGAUCCAGCUGUCCUCCUUCACAGCCAUGCAGGACAACCCCAUGGCCAACUACAGCAGCGUGCCCCGCGCCCUGUUCGACCCAACCAUCAGCCCCUUCCUGCGCCGCGGAGAGGUCGGUGACUGGAAGAAUCACUUCACGGUGGCGCAGAACGAGGCCUUUGACGCCCACUACCAAAACCGCAUGGCCAGCCCCGGCGUUCCCCACUUCCGCAGCCAGGUCUGAGCCCCUGGGACCCUGCCCCCAAUAAACACCUUUGCCGACA